CCCCUUGCCCGCCCGCCCCCGCGAGGCGCCGCGACCCCCGGCCCGGCAGCGCGGCCCUUCUGGGCCAUGGCGAAGAAGAGUGCCGAGAACGGCAUCUACAGCGUGUCCGGCGACGAGAAGAAGGGCCCCCUCAUCGUGCAGCCCGACGGGGCCCCGGCCAAGGGCGAUGGCCCCGCCGGCCUGGGGGCGCCUGGCGGCCGCCUGGCUGUACCACCACGAGAGACUUGGACGCGCCAGAUGGACUUCAUCAUGUCGUGCGUGGGCUUCCCCUUGGGCCUGGGCAACGUGUGGCGCUUCCCCUACCUGUGCUACAAGAACGGCGGAGGUGUGUUCCUUAUUCCCUAUGUCCUCAUUGCCCUGGUUGGAGGAAUCCCCAUUUUCUUCCUGGAGAUCUCACUGGGCCAGUUCAUGAAGGCCGGCAGCAUCAACGUCUGGAACAUCUGUCCUUUAUUCAAAGGCCUGGGCUAUGCCUCCAUGGUGAUCGUCUUCUACUGCAACACCUACUACAUCAUGGUGCUGGCCUGGGGCUUCUAUUACCUGGUAAAGUCCUUCACCACCACUCUGCCCUGGGCCACGUGUGGCCAUACCUGGAACACUCCUGACUGUGUGGAGAUAUUUCGCCAUGAAGACUGUGCCAAUGCCAGCCUGGCCAAUCUCACAUGUGACCAGCUUGCUGAUCGUCGGUCCCCUGUCAUCGAGUUCUGGGAGAACAAAGUCUUGAGGCUCUCUGCAGGGCUGGAGGUGCCAGGGGCCCUCAACUGGGAGGUGACCCUAUGUCUGCUGGCCUGCUGGGUCCUGGUCUACUUCUGUGGGUGGAAGGGAGUCAAGUCAACAGGAAAGAUCGUGUACUUCACUGCUACAUUCCCCUAUGUGGUCCUCGUCGUGCUGCUGGUGCGUGGAAUGCUACUGCCUGGGGCCUUGGAUGGCAUCAUCUAUUAUCUCAAGCCUGACUGGUCAAAGCUGGGGUCACCUCAGAAGGAGCCAACAGCCAGUGUCACCCUCAGGGCCCCACCCAACCCCUGCCAGGCUUACAUCAACUUCUGA